AUGGAUUCUAGCGGGGCCUCGACGACGGCACCCUCUGCCCCCAAGCAGCCUGGCAGCGAUGUCAAACCCCGCCUCACCAAGGACCAGCACGACAUCCUCGAGCAGCACUUCCUGGCGCAGCACAAGCCCAGUACCAAUGUAAAGAAGGAGUUCGCGACGCGCCUCGGCGUGCCACUGGACAAGAUCAACAACUGGUUCCAGAACCGCAGAGCCAAAGUCAAGCAGGACCGCAAGAAGCUAAUGAACCAGUACAACAUGACCAUGAGCCUUCCGUUUGGACACCAGCACGUGCCCGUCAUGUCUAACCACUACGCGCACCCGCAAGAGCAGCAACAUCCGCAUAUGCUCAUGCAGCCGGACUACUAUCCGAACGCUGACAUCAGCCCUGCAACGCUUCCUGUACAAACGGGCGAGGGACCAUCAGCCCUCGACCUGGGCCCUCAGCUCAUACUGCAGCAUCCGCACCAGCACCAACACCAACACCAACAGCAUCAACAGCAGCAGCAACAACAAUACGACAUGCAAAACGCCCUCCACGCAGUCCCGGAGCCCGACCGUUCCGCAUCGUACCGCUCCAACGACCUCAUGCACUCGAUCAUGGCUGCGACCAACGGUGCCUACAUGCACAACAGUGGCAUGGGUCUUAAUGCGCAAGAGCAAGACUUCUCUUACGACAACAACGGUGUCAACGGGCUGCCCAAUGCGUACUCCAGCGACCUAGGUGCCUUUUCGGUUCCCGCGUCCAUGCCCAGCGACAUCGCACCUUCACACCCGGAAUUCGACAACUUCGCCGACUUCCAGAUAGACUACUCGGCACUUGCUGCGACCAACACCACCAACUCUACAUCUGCAGAAGCUCAGCAAAGUACAGGAUCCAUCUCGUCGGACGCGUCUCCAUACAAUGGCACCCAGUCAUCUGGCACCACGCAAUCGCCAAAUGGACCUACACCUCCCUCAAUCGCCUCUUUGAAUUCGGUCUACACCGGCUGGACAGAGGAUCCCUCGCAAAUGGCACAGCCCAAGCAGGUCGAGGAACCAGAGGAUCAAUUCGCACCAUACAGUCUUGCUCAGGCUUCAGCCUCCGAACAGACGCUUCCAUUCUGGCCGCAAGAUGGCUCAAACCAAAUGUACCCCCAGUCGAACUUCUACCAACAGCCAAACUCGUCUGCACACGCCAUCCUCACUUCACCGGAACAAGCACGGAAGCUCAGUGCUGCGCCCUCCGAUCUCGACAUUCCACUGCACUUCCGCGAGGACGCGUUUGCCCGAAGAAACUCUUCAAGCAGCAACCUAGCCAACAACAUGGACGCGAUCCACAUCCGAAACGGUACUCCGGAGGGCUUCCAACAAUCAGAUCAGCAUUCGAGCAUCGCUGCAAGAAGACAGAAACGUCCAGUCAAUCUGAACUCCAGCGCGAUGAGGAGCGCCUCGUAUUCUGCCCCCAUGCCAUCACCAGGAGGCAACAACGACAAAGUCAUCCGCCGGAUCCGAUCAACUGGAAUUGCGAAUGCUGGAGGUCGUGUUCAGAAGUCGCAGCCAGGUUCAGCACAACGCUCACCUAUGGCUAUGAGCUUCUCCGAUGCUGCUGCGUCGCCCAAGUUCGCACGAACGUUCUCAACUUCGAGCACUACCACAAUUGGACAAGGCGGUAGUCUAGCACCACCAACUCCACUGACACCACAAGAUUUUGGCAACUAUUGGGGUGGUGCUGCCGUGAUAAGACCGCAUUCUGCGAUGCCGGAUCACAACAGCCCAGAGAGCAUGCACGCGAACUGGUCCAACGACCAAUCUGGAAAUGUGAUUGCGAAGAGCACUUCACCGCCAUCUUCGUCCAUGGAUUUGCAAUCGCGCUUUGUAAACGACGCUUUGUACCGCGACACACCUCCGCAGUCAGCACCAGCGACACAGCAGCACUUCCCUCGAACAUCAUACAUGCAGCAACCCCAGAUGCGUGCAGCUUUCCAUUCCACAACCGAUCUUACGAUCCAACAACCGAAGCCCUCGCACUUCAGGCGACCAUCGCUACCUGACACAGCUCAGACGCAAGGCGAUGACAGCAAUGUCCAGUACAUGCAGGGCGGAAACAUGUAUGAUGACUACAAGGACAUGUCAUUGAGUGGCAUCCAUCACAACGUUCCCUUCGCGCCCCAAGUCUCCGCCAUGCCCGACUUCCUCGUACACCAGUACACACCACCUCAAGGCACGGAUCCGCAUGGAAACCUCAUACGGCGAACGACCGAACCCCAGCCCAAGAGCUACAUCUUCGCCAACCAAGGACCAGGGGACUUUAGAGGGUAG